AGGGUGCGUUCCACUAAGCGCUCACAACGAUCACGCUCACGACCACAGUUUCUCCCGUUCCACUUACCUACGAGCGUUACUGUCGUAAAUUCAAGUGGAAUGGACUAUGGUGCGUUUAAAUCUGUGCUAAUAAAAAUGAUAAAUUUUAUAUCUUAAAUAUAUUACAAAAAAUGUGUGAACUAGUAUGUGCAGUACAAAAUUAUGAUUGGGGUAAAUAUGGUACAAACAGUAUGGUUGCAUCAUUAAUUAAAACAGCUAACCCUAAUUUUAUAAUAAGUGAAGAAAAACCAUACGCAGAACUAUGGAUGGGUACGCAUUCUAAUGGGCCUUCAUAUUUGAAGCAAACAGAUGUUUCUUUAGAAAAAUACAUACAAGAAAAUACAAAUAUAUUAGGUUCUGAAGUACAAAAAAAAUUUCAAUCAUCUUUACCUUUUCUCUUUAAAGUUUUAUCCGUAAGAAAAGCAUUAUCUAUUCAAGCACAUCCGGAUAAGAAAAAAGCAGAGGAAUUACAUUUAUGUUAUCCUGAAAUUUAUAAGGAUUCUAAUCACAAACCUGAAUUAAUGAUAGCAUUAACAGAAUUUGAAGCGCUUUGUGGUUUUCGUCCAAUUGAAGAGAUAAAAAAAUAUUUAGAAUUACUUCCUGAACUACGAGCAGUAAUUGGUGAAGAUUUAGUUCAUGAAUGUAUGAUAAUAAAUGAUUCAGAAAAUAUAGAACCUUUAAAAAAAUGUUUUCGUAGCCUUAUGAUGUGUGACCAUAAUUUAGUAACACUACAACUUGAACAUUUAUUGGAACGAUUGUUACAUUUAGAUAUAUCAUCUCAACAAAUAUUGAACGCUGAUCUGUUGCAAAAACUUUAUUUAGAUUAUCCUGGAGAUGUUGGAUGUUUUGGUAUAUAUAUGUUUAAUUAUAUUACUUUACAACAAGGCGAGGCUUUAUAUCUUGCUCCAAAUGAACCACAUGCAUAUAUAUAUGGUGAUUGUAUAGAAUGUAUGGCAUGUUCUGAUAAUGUAGUGCGUGCUGGAUUAACACCAAAGUUGAAAGAUGUAGAAACAUUAACAGAAAUAUUAACAUAUAAAUGUGAGCCACUUUUUGCAAAGAAGUUUCAUGGUUACUAUGAAGAUAAUUAUACAGAGAUAUUUCAGCCUCCAGUGCCAGAUUUUGCAGUAGCGAAAAUUUUAAUACCAUGUAAUAAAAUGAAGUAUGAAUUGAUUCCAAGAAGAUCAGCUAGUAUAUUAAUUGUUAUAAAUGGUAAAGCCGAAAUUCAUACAUCACAAAUUAUUCAAAAAGGAUCUAUUUUAUUUAUUCAUGCAAAUGAAAAAAUUAUGUUGAAAAUCUUAGAAGAAGAUUGUUCAUUAUUAAUGUUUCAAGCAUUUGCAAAUGUAUAAAAAGAAAUGAAAAGUUAAUAAUUCACUUUAUAAACAUCAGGGUUAAAUUUAUGUAUUUCUCUAUUGAUUUUAAUGUAAUAUUUUUCUUAUUACAGAUAUUAGUAACAAUUAUAUUUGAUUUAUAAUUUUUGACAUAAUUAAUGUAUAAUAUAUGUACAAAAUAUAUGAUAAAAAGUAAAGAUGUAAUA